UCUCAAAAAGGCAAAGAACCGCGGCGUCACCACACGAUUGCUUCUGCAGAUAUCAAGAAGUGUAGGAGGAAAAAACCCCCCGAUAUGGAGUCCAACUACCCGUCGCACAUGCUGGAAGUGUCCGUCGCCCAGAUGUGCCUCGCAGUCGGCUGGUCCAAGACAAAGCCAUCCGCCCUCACCUAUUUGGCCGCCCUGCUCGAGCGCUAUUUGCGCAAAAUCGGUCAGCUUUGCAUGGGCUCGGCCGAGCUGAACAAUCGUACCGCCGCCAAUCUGGACGAUCUCGCCUUCGUGUUCGCGUAUCUGCGCAUCGAUAUGGAGCAGCUCGAGGAGUACUGCCGUGACGUGACGCCGACCCCGCUGCCCUACCCGGUACCGAACAGUGGCCACCUGUCGCGAUUGCCAUCGUUUUCUGUGUCGCGGAACGAGCUGAAACGGAAGCGACCAUCGGCCGCUGGGAAUGGCGAGUAAGUGUGUGUGUGUGUGUGUGCGU